AUGCCACGCCACAGGUGAUGUGUGUCAUCUCAGGUCUUUAUUAAUAGAGGUCAGUGCGGUCAGUGAGAUUGCAUUGAUGUCUCCAAGUGCAUGAACAUGGUGAGAAAAAUCUUACUGUGUGUUCUUUUGAUGCUGGGAGCUCUGAACGCCAUGACCGUGUCCAACGCAAAGGUCAGCGGCAAAUCCGUCCAGUGUGGGAAAAACUUGCUGAACUGCGAUCAAGGAUGGCAUGCUGGAAAGAUUCAGACGCAACAUCAGACAAAAGGUGAACGACGGAGAAGUUUUGACAUGAAGAACUUCCAAAUAGAUGUGGCCCCAACCACAAGUAAAAUGAGCCUCCCCACUGCUGUUAAGCUCCACCUGCCGGAUACAAAGAAUACCCACCUGCUCACAAACAUCCCCCAGCGCUUUGGUAGAGAAAUUGUUGAGGGUGAGACGACGUCAUCUGCCAACAAGCCGCAAAGGUUUGGAAGGUCCUGGGAGGCAAUGCCGACUUGUGCCGAGUGUGUCGGAGAGAGUCGGAACCCAGAAGCCAGGCAAAAUCAAAGAAACCUUCUGUGCUGGAGGCUUCUUCGAACAUUAGCCAGAGCCAAGUUGUGGAAAACGGGCUUGCACUGGUUUGGGGAGUUUGAAUCCAACUUGGAAGAAAUGGGGACGGAAAUAAAGAGACUUCAAGAUGUCAUGUGAAUCUAUGCAUGAUUUUAAUAAACGUCUCAAAUAUGUCUUGUUUGGGAUUUGCCCGUUUAAGACAUUUUUCAAUGGUUCAAUAGCGUUUACUGCCCUCUGCUGGUCAAUAAAUAUAAUG